AACCCGUGUUCACAUUUUAAUUGUGGAAGCCAGGUGACGGAUGGCGGCACCAUCAAGCAGAAGAUCUUUACCUUUGACGCCAUGUUCUCCACCAACUACUCACACAUGGAGAACUACCGUAAGCGAGAGGACCUGGUGUACCAGUCCACUGUGAGGCUGCCCGAGGUCCGGAUCUCAGACAACGGUCCCUAUGAGUGCCAUGUGGGCAUCUACGACCGCGCCACCAGGGAGAAGGUGGUCCUGGCAUCGGGCAACAUCUUCCUCAACGUCAUGGCUCCUCCCACCUCCAUUGAAGUGGUGGCCGCUGACACACCAGCCCCCUUCAGCCGCUACCAAGCCCAGAACUUCACGCUAGUCUGCAUCGUGUCUGGAGGGAAACCAGCGCCCAUGGUUUAUUUCAAACGAGAUGGGGAACCAAUCGACGCAGUACCCCUAUCAGAGCCACCAGCUGCGAGCUCCGGCCCCCUCCAGGACAGCAGGCCCUUCCGCAGCCUUCUGCACCGUGACCUGGAUGACACCAAGAUGCAGAAGUCACUGUCCCUCCUGGAUGCCGAGAACCGGGGUGGGCGACCCUACACGGAGCGCCCCUCCCAUGGCCUGACCCCAGAUCCCAACAUCCUCCUCCAGCCAACCACAGAGAACAUACCAGAGACGGUCGUGAGCCGUGAGUUCCCCCGCUGGGUCCACAGCGCCGAGCCCACCUACUUCCUGCGCCACAGCCGCACCCCGAGCAGCGACGGCACUGUGGAAGUACGUGCCCUGCUCACCUGGACCCUCAACCCACAGAUUGACAACGAGGCCCUCUUCAGCUGCGAGGUCAAGCACCCAGCACUGUCGAUGCCCAUGCAGGCAGAGGUCACGCUGGUUGCCCCGAAAGGACCCAAAAUUGUGAUGACGCCCAGCAGAGCCCGGGUCGGGGACACAGUGAGGAUUCUGGUCCAUGGGUUUCAGAACGAAGUCUUCCCGGAGCCCAUGUUCACCUGGACGCGGGUUGGGAGCCGCCUCCUGGACGGCAGUGCUGAGUUCGACGGGAAGGAGCUGGUGCUGGAGCGGGUUCCUGCUGAGCUCAACGGCUCUAUGUAUCGCUGCACUGCCCAGAACCCACUGGGUUCCACCGACACGCACACCCGGCUUAUCGUGUUUGAAAACCCAAAUAUCCCAAGAGGAACGGAGGACUCCAAUGGUUCCAUUGGCCCCACUGGCGCCCGGCUCACCUUGGUGCUCGCCCUGACAGUGAUUCUGGAGCUGACGUGAAGGCACCCACCCAGGCCACUCCAUUGGGCACUGACAUCUCCGCGACCGGUUUUCAUUUCUUUUCUAAACUAUUUCCAGUCUUGUUCUUAGUCUCUCUCUCCGUCUGUGUCUUGGCUUCUUCAGUCGGUUUAAUUAAAACAAACAGAACAAUUUUCCCCA